AUGAAGGUGAAGCCCGGCACGGAGCCAGCCACCGGCGUCCCCGUCGGCGGCGCACCCGGCGCCCCUACCGCCUGGUCCUCCACCGGCGUCCCCGUCGGCGGCGCACCCGGCGCCCCCACCGCCUGGUCCUCCGGCCUCUUCGACUGCUUCGACGACUGCGGCCUCUGUUGCUUGACUUGCUGCUGCCCGUGCAUCACGUUCGGCAAGGUAGCGGAGAUCGUGGACCGGGGUGCUACGUCGUGCGGGACGAGCGGCGCGCUCUACGUGCUGCUGGCGUCGCUCACGGGGUGCCACUGGAUCUACUCCUGCACCUACCGCUCCAAGAUGCGCGCCCAGUACGCGCUCCCGGACGCGCCCUGCUGCGACUGCUGCGUGCACUACUGCUGCGAGCCCUGCGCGCUCGUCCAGGAGUACAAGGAGCUCAAGGCCCGCGGCUACGACCCCGAGAUCGGCUGGCACCUCAACGUCGAGCGCCGCAACGGCGGCGCCGGGGCCGGCGGCGUCAACCCGCCCGGCAUGCAGGAGAUGGGCCGCUGA